GGAAAUUUUUUUCUUCUUGGCGCACACAGAGCUGUGUCCCGGAAUUGGUGCCCAAACAAUUUUAAGUGUGGUGUGAGCUGUUUGUGUCAUGGAGUAAAAUUAGAUGUGCCUGUGGCUUCACAGGAGGAUGAAACCUGAGACCAGGCCAGGCCGGGGGCCUUUUCUUGCAGGCUGGUUGGUGAACUUGAACCAUCCCCUGUCCCUCACCGAGUCCCAGGACAGCUUGAAACGCUGUCUCAGAAGGAUCUGGAGCCAGGGCAGCUGAGUCACCAGCGUGCUUUGGACAACCGCUGCGAUGGUGCGUGAACAGUACACCACAGCCACGGAGGGCACCCAGGUGGAGAGGCCAGAGAACCAGGCCGUCUACAAAAUCGGCAUUUAUGGCUGGAGAAAGCGCUGCCUCUACUUAUUCGUUCUUCUUUUGCUCAUCCUUCUCCUUGUGAACUUGGCUCUUACCAUUUGGAUUCUUCGAGUGAUGUGGUUUUCCCCAGCAGGGAUGGGCCACUUGCAAGUGAAACAAGAGGGACUUCGCCUGGAAGGGGACUCAGAGUUUUUAUUCCCAUUGUACGCCAAAGAAAUACGCUCCAGAGUGGAUUCGCCUCUGCUUCUGCAGUCCCCGCAGAACGUGACUCUCAGUGCCCGCACGGUGGAAGGAGAGGUCACGGGCAGGCUGACGGCGGGUCCCCAAAUGGUAGAGAUCCAGAGUCAGCACUUUCACAUCAACUCCAGGGAUGGCAGGCCGCUGUUUACCGUUGAUGAAAGGGAAGCUGUGGUCGGUGCAGACAAGCUUCGAGUGACUGGGCCUGAAGGGGCUCUUUUUGAACAUUCAGUGGAGACACCCCUCGUGAGACCUGACCCCUUCCAGGACCUCAGACUGGAGUCCCCCACGCGGAGCCUCAGCAUGGAUGCCCCAAACGGCGUUCGCGUUCGCGCACCUGCGGGGAGCGGGGCGGCCCUUUCCCAGAUGGACAUCGUUCUUCACAGCAGCGCCGGGCCGCUCGUCCUUGAUGCUGAGACCGUGUGUUUACCCAGGGUGGCCCAGGGGACGCGGGGCCCCGGCAGCUCGCAGGGCCUCUACGAAGUCUGCGCGUGUGCAGAUGGGAGGCUCUACCUGGCGGCGGCGGCCGCGGGCACCACGUGCCACGAGAACAGCGGCGUCUGUCUGUGAGCGGCGCCCCCCGGGAGCUCGAGGUCGGGCGGCGGCCUCGCUGGGGGCGCUCCGGGACCCGGGUGGAAGCUCAGCCGGCACGCGGCGGGCGCCCUCACCCUGUUCCAUCCGAUGCCCGGAUCGCGGCGGGGCCGGUCGUCGUGGACACCGCCGACGGUGCGUCUGUCCCACCAGGCGGAGGGGUUUUGCCCACGGAAGCUCCCCAGCUUUGCCGCUGGGCCGCGGCGGCCUCCAGGGACGCCCUCCGCGGCGGUGUGGACACACGCCCGGCGUCCAGCCGCGGGUCUCCCUCGGGAGGAAGAGCAUCUGUCCUGCGCACGUGUCCCCAGGGUCGCGAGCCUUUCCACGGCGUCCCUCACAUCUCUGAGUGCUGCCCUCGCUUUUAUGCAGAACGCGUGGGUCGCGGGAGAUCUCCGGGUUUAAAGGGACCUGGAGGUUGACGUGAUUUUCAGCGGGGCCUCAGAGGGAUAAAUUACACAACCCCUCGUGCGUUCUUUAUGUAUAUUCGACGAGCAAUAAAAAUCAACCUGUGUUUUUCACAGAUUUUGAA